AUUGGCGCUUAUUUUAGUUGUGCUAUGCAGUUGUCUUUCAUUUUCUUCCUCCUCUCCUACAUCAUAUUUGCAUUUAUAGCAAACUUCUCUCUCUGUUUUACCUACUCUCCACGUCCUCAUCACUACCCACGAUAAUAAAAAAAUGAAACUAACUGGCAUAUUUGACAUUAGCAUCAAGACCGAUGCCCAAUUUCUUCGCCCACCACUCCUUAUCCCGAACAAUUUCUUAGUUUUAUUGGUUCUACUUGUAGUGAACGCGAAUAAUGGGCAAUCGAUUGGUUUGCAUGUCAAAGAAGGAUGUGAGAGCGAACGGGUCAAGGAGCAGGAAAGAGGGUCGGUCGCAGUCGCAGAGGAAGUCACUGUCCGAGAAAGAGUUGUUGCAUAAGCAAGCACUGUCUAUGGUACUUCAGCAGCAUCAAUUGUCGCAAAGGUUUGAAGGAUCCAUGUCUCGCAGAAUUGGGUCGACCAGUUCUCGUAGGCGUACGUUUUCCGAUCAAUUCUCAAGUGGGAAGCAGGUACCAGACUGUCUCGAGAACAUCAGCAUAAAAAAAAUUGUUUUGAUACAUGGAGAAGGAUUUGGGGCAUGGUGUUGGUAUAAAACUAUUGCUCUUCUGGAAGAAGUAGGAUUGAGUGCAACUGCACUUGAUCUCACAGGUUCUGGUAUUGAUCUUACUGAUACAAAUGUCAUUAGUACACUGGCAGAGUAUUCUAAGCCAUUGAUUGAUUACAUUGAGAGCCUUCCUCAGGAUGAAAAGGUUAUUCUGGUCGGUCACAGUGGUGGAGGUGCUUGUGUUUCUUAUGCAUUAGAGAAUUUUCCUCAAAGGAUAUCAAAAGCAGUUUUCCUCUGUGCUACGAUGGUAUCUGAUGGGCAGAGGCCUUUUGACGCAUUUGCUGAAGAGCUUGGUUCUGCAGAGAUUUUUCUGAAAGACUCGAUGUUUUUGAUAUAUGGAAAUGGAAAGGACAAACCUGCUACUGGAUUUAUGUUGGAUAAAGAACAAAUGAAAGGACUGUAUUUCAAUCAAUCUCCUGUAAAGGAUGUUGCUUUGGCUAUGGUCUCCAUGAGACCAAUCCCACUUGGCCCAAUGAUGGAGAAGCUGUCAUUGUCUCCUAAAAACUAUGGAAGCAGUCGGCGUUUCUUCAUUCAGACAUUGGAUGAUCGGGCACUUUCUCCAGAUGUCCAAGAAAAGCUGGUGCGGGAAAACCCACCAGAGAGAGUGUUGAAAAUAAAAGGCAGCGACCAUUGCCCUUUCUUCUCAAAGCCACAGUCACUGCACAAAAUUUUGGUGGAGAUUGCACAAAUUCCUUGAACGACAUAUUGACUUGACAAGUCAAACAAACCCCCUUUAGUUUUCUCCCCUUUUCCCGUUGAGAGUAGUUUGAUUAUUUACAUGGCUCGGGUGGCCAUGGCUGUAUGUAUUAUUUAUUCUGUUUGUGCCAGGUUACCGGAUGUUUCUGCUUUUUCCAACUUGAUAAGUUAAUUAUUUAUUGGUAAGCAA